AUGAAUUAUGUUCAACCUAGUUAUGGGGGGAAUAAUGUUCAAUAUUUUGGAUCUAAACCACAACUUGUUUAUUGCCCUAUUUGUAUCCAAAAUACAAAAACUAAAAUUAAAUUUGUUGUUGCUCGGCUAGUUUGGAUAAUGGCAAUGCUUGGAGUUAUUAUUUGCUUGAUGAGUAUUAUGGGAGCAUUUUUUAGUUUUAUUAUUAUUCUUUUUAUUAAUAAUAAAAAAGGUUACAAACUUACUGAUAAUACAAUUAAUGUAAUUUUACCAAUUGUUUUUGUUAUUUCUGGGUUUGUUAAAAAAUUUGAAUUUAAAAAAUUAAAAAAAAUAUUUUUUCCCCUUAGACUUGUUAUUUGCAUUCUGUCGCGUAUUCCACUUUGUUUUGAAUGUUUUAAGGAUGCAGAACAUCACUGCUCUGUUUGUGACACUUUAAUUGGCAAAUAUAUACGAGAUAAACAAAGGCCUAUAGUUAUAUUACCACCAGAAUCGUAUAAAAAUCUACCUAUCUAACAAAUA